CCACAACGGAUUCUUCACCGCACGACACCGUUUCGUCACACUCGCACCCCGCCACCGGCGACCGGCGCGGCCGAGAACCGCCACCUUCCAUAUCCGCUCCCGCAUAAAUAUUUUUCCAUAAUUGCCCCUCCGCUGGGCAUUAAAUUCCAAUUCACACCACCCAAAGUCCAACUUCGAUUUUCCACAAACCCACGAAAAGCAAAACCCUUCGAUUUCGAUUGUUGAGAUUUUUUCCGUUGGAUUGGAGAUUUCGAAGCUUCUUUGUCGUUGUAAUGGCGGAUCGCGAAGACGAGGAUUUGCAAAUGGCGAUCCGGAUGAGCAUGCAGCACUCACCGCCGGAGCCGAAGCGGAGCAAGCCGAGGGACGCCGUCGCCGGAGGGGUGGUUUCUGGGUCGCCAGAGGAGUCUCCGGAGGCAAAGAGCCGGCGGUUGCAGCGGGAGCUCAUGGCCGCGGCUGCUGAGAAGCGGAUGAUGGCUUCGACGUCUACUGCGGCGGCGGGUAAAGGUGGAAAGGAAAGCGACGAGGUUGGGAAGAGUGAGGAGCUUCCUCUUGAAGAAGCGAAUGAGUUGUUUGUUGUGGUGUUUGGCAAUGAGGUUUCGAAGGGGAUUCUUGUGCAGUGGAGCAAUCAGGGAAUAAGGUUUAGCUCUGAUCCAGAAACAUCCAUGGGGCUAGUGCAGCAUGAAGGUGGGCCAUGUGGUGUUUUGGCAGCUAUACAAGCAUUUGUGCUGAAAUACAUUCUUUUCUUUCGUGAUGAUUUGAAAGAUGUAUUAGGCACGCCACAGAACCGGGAUCUGAGCAUGUUAUUCAAAAGUCAAUCUGUUCCAUCAAAUAAUUUUUCUUCACUCACUGAAAGUGUAAAAGUAAGCGCCCUUGUAAGAAGUAUGGGUGAGAUAUUGUUUAUGUGUGGAAGUAAUGAAAGGGCUGUGAUUGCAACUUUGAGCAUUCUAGGGAAUGGCAUUCAGCAUUCUGAAAAAUUUUCAAAGGAUGAGGUUAUUGCAAAAGCACUUGAAGGCCUGUCCAUUGAAUCAGCCUUGGAUCUGCAAAAAGUUCUUAGAGUUGAAACAUACACAUCACAAGCAAGUGCAUUGAAGAGGCUUGAAGCAUUGAUUCCCUUAUUCCAAAGUCGUAUGGGGGCAUUGCUUUUCCUGAUCUCUGCUUUACUUUCACGGGGACUGGACUUGGUUCAAAGUGACAGGGAUGAUCCUAGCCUACCUCUGGUUACUGCUCCUUUCGGGCAUGCUUCCCAGGAAAUUGUAAACUUACUGCUCUGUGGGCAGGCUGUCCCUAAUGUGUUUGAUGGGAGGAUGGAUUUAGGAGGGGGAAUGUUUCUGAAAGGUAUAUCCCAAUAUGUGGAAGUUGGAUUUCUCACGCUGCUAGAAUCCCUGAAUUUCUGCAAGGUUGGUCAGUAUUUGAAACGCCCAAAUUGGCCUAUAUGGGUUGUUGGCAGUGAAUCCCAUUACACAGUACUGUUUGCUCUUGAUACCAGUGUUCAAAAUGAAAAUGAACUGGAAGAAAGGGAAUCACAGAUUCGGAAAGCUUUUGAUGCCCAAGAUCAGAGCGGAGGUGGUGGUUUCAUUAGUGUGGAAGGGUUCCAUCAAGUUCUCAGAGAAACAAAUAUCAAACUUCCACAAGAGAAGCUUGAACACCUUUGCAGUACAGGCUUCAUUGUAUGGAGUGAGUUCUGGCAAGUCAUUUUGGAUCUAGACAAGAGCUCGGGAGGUUUGAAGGAUUCAUCGGGAUUGAUGGGUAAGAAGGUCUUUGAUCUGUACCAUUUCAAUGGGAUUGCUAAAUCAGACCUGAAUGGUAGUCAAGUAAAUUCUAGGGGUGAAACUCCACUACAAAGACCCAGGCUCACAAAAUUGAGAGUUUCAGUUCCCCCAAGGUGGACACCUGAGGAAUUUAUGGCAGAUGUGACAGUUUCCACUGCUUCUAGUGCAAAUGAAUCUACUGGAAAGGAUGCCGAAGUUUCUAAACCUGAGCCUUCUCAGCAUGCACCUUUGGUAGACUGUGUAAGGACACGAUGGCCCCGUGCUGUCUGCAGCUGGUCAGGGGAUCCUCCUAGUAUAGUCUGAGAGAUUUACGGUGAGUCGUUUGUUGUAGAAUUUGUGGAUGUAACAGGUAAAGAACAAUUGGUUCAGCAAUGCCAAAAGAAAGAAGAGUUGAAGUUUUCAAGUUUUACUUUGAUGUUGUACUUCAGGGCACAUGUAUGGGGGUCAUGAAUCCAAAUUUUCUCCAAUAUGUGCAGAGCCGUUUUAUAAUGUGAAGGAAUGGAUCUUGUAACAUUCUCUUCGAUUUUGUCAUGUCAUUCAAAAGGUUACAAGGAAGAGCGAUGUUAUACUUGUUGUCAAGCCAACUUGUAAAAUCUAUUUAAAUGUGCUAUUGUCAUCGAUUAGAAAGAUUUUAGUUACUGGUGGGUUAUUAAUAAGUGUCUGUUGCUUUUGAGAUUGUAUUGUGAUCGGGUUCUGAAUAUGGAAAAUUGAAUAUUUGUAAUAAUAUUAU